AUGGUGUUGAAAAUGGCCGAUCAGCAACAAAUGGAUAUUGAUGAAGUGACUGCUAACCAGGAUGGUAUUAAAUCUUAUUACAUAAGUAAAACUGAAGAAUAUCAGUUAAUUGUCACAGAAAAGACACAAAAUUUACGUCGAUUGGAAGCCCAACGAAAUGAGCUGAACGCUAAGGUUCGUAUGUUACGAGAAGAACUCCAGCUGCUUCAAGAGCAAGGUUCUUAUGUGGGUGAAGUUGUGAAACCAAUGGACAAAAAAAAGGUUUUAGUUAAGGUCCAUCCCGAAGGAAAAUUUGUUGUUGAUAUUGACAAGAAUAUUGACAUCACAGAUGUUACUGCAAACAGCAGGGUGGCCCUUCGUAAUGAUUGCUAUACAUUGCAUAAAAUACUCCCAAAUAAGGUGGAUCCUUUGGUCAGUCUGAUGAUGGUUGAGAAAGUUCCUGAUUCUACCUAUGAAAUGGUUGGUGGUCUGGACAAACAGAUUAAGGAAAUCAAAGAAGUGAUUGAGCUUCCUGUCAAGCAUCCAGAACUUUUUGAGGCUCUUGGAAUUGCCCAGCCAAAGGGUGUGUUACUGUAUGGUCCACCCGGCACGGGGAAAACUUUGUUGGCUAGAGCUGUUGCUCACCAUACAGAAUGUACAUUUAUUCGAGUGUCUGGCUCAGAAUUGGUACAGAAAUUCAUUGGUGAAGGUUCCAGAAUGGUCCGAGAGCUCUUUGUUAUGGCCAGAGAACAUGCACCAUCAAUAAUUUUCAUGGAUGAGAUUGAUUCAAUUGGUUCCUCUCGAUUGGAAGGAGGAUCUGGAGGUGAUAGUGAAGUCCAAAGAACCAUGUUGGAAUUACUUAACCAAUUGGAUGGCUUUGAACCGAAGCAGAACAUUAAGGUUAUAAUGGCUACCAAUCGUAUUGAUAUAUUAGAUCCAGCCUUGUUGCGUCCAGGCCGUAUUGACAGAAAAAUUGAAUUUCCACCUCCAAAUGAAGAGGCCCGUCUUGAUAUUCUCAAGAUCCAUUCUCGAAAGAUGAAUUUGACGCGUGGAAUUGAUCUUCGCAAAAUUGCAGAGAUGAUGCCUGGUGCUUCUGGAGCAGAGGUCAAGGGUGUCUGUACAGAGGCUGGAAUGUAUGCUCUCAGGGAGAGACGAGUUCAUGUGACACAGGAAGAUUUUGAACUUGCUGUAGCAAAGGUGAUGCAAAAAGAUUCCGAGAAGAAUAUUUCCAUCAAAAAACAGUGGAACUGGCCCUGGCUACGCCGUUCACCUAUCUAUCUAUCUAUCUAUCUAUCUAUCUAUCUAUCUAUCUAUCUAUCUAUCUAUCUAUCUAAAUAUUUUUCAAAUCUCUAUCUAUCUAUCUAUCUAUAUCUAUCUAUCUAUCUAUCUAUCAAAUAA